CUGGUACUAGUGUAUAACCAAUGCCACCUUUGUUUAAUAGCCCGCGGUUCUCUCUGUCAUUCGGUUGUUACUGAAAAUCAGCGGAUGCUCUUAGCCAGGAUGAGUUAGCUCGCUGUUUAUUCUGGGAACAUGGUUGUUGACCUGGUUUUAGAUGACCUGGCUGGCGGAGCUUUUAAUGACAGAAGGCGAUGUUGAUUAGUCUUGGGAGCAGGUUAGCAGCAAGCUAGCGGGCCGUUGUCAGCCAGAACCCAGAAAAACAGCAGCAUCAUCAUCAAUGGUGUGUCUACAUCCCGGAGCCGUCACAUUUUCCUGUGUCCGCUCAAUGAACUAUCUCCUCAGCUCUCAUCACAGCUGCACAUGUAUGGCGUUUGCGAGGCUUGGAGGGGAGUUCUGCCAAGCCCAGCACCUGCUGCUUAUUGUGGACAAGUGAACAGGAGACACCAGCUAGGCGCAAACACUGCCAUUCACACACACAGGUCCUCACUGCUAUCCUGUUCAACCCAUAUGAAGACAAGCCAACCUUCAGUCUGUCACCUUGUCUGGGGAGUAGGGGAGGGUUUGGCUUUAGUCCAGGAGUUUCCUCUCUACUCGUCUCUUUUCCUGCUUUUCCUUUCUUCUUCUGCUCUGACUCAUACAAGGCGUCACUGAAUGGGCUAACAGAUUUGAAAGGACAGAAAGUUUUUUUUUUCUUCAGGACUUUGGGAGUCUUCUCUACAGUCGUUGUGAUCCCAGUCUGCCAGAUUUAAACUUAUUCAAGCCAAUUUGAGUUUUUCCUUCGUUGCCAAGAAAAGUUUUGAUUUUUUUCCACUUAUUUCUUUCCCAAGAAAUUUAUCUUGUCCUUUUUGUUUUUUAUUCAGACUACGUUUUGCCACCAAAGGUGUACAAUUUUUUUUUUGCCCAUAAAUUGUAUUUUAAUUUAGUGAUUUUUUUAAAAAAAUAAUCAAGAGGAAGUUUUAUUUUCAUUCCUCUGAAUACCUGUCUUUUACUCCAUUUUUUUAAAAGCACAGUGCUUUUCUCAUUUUUAGUUCUUAAUUAACAAACCUUUGUGGGUCAAAAAAAUGAACCGACCAGCUCCAGUGGAGAUUUCUUAUGACUGUCUGCGAUUCCUCAUCACGCACAACCCCACCAAUGCACAACUGGGAAGGUUUAUAGAGGAUCUGAAGGCAUAUGGAGUUAACACUCUGGUGAGAGUGUGUGCUGCUACAUAUGACAAGACACCGGUGGAACAAGAAGGCAUACAAGUUCUGGAUUGGCCAUUUGAUGAUGGUUCGUCGCCCCCAGACCAGGUGGUUGAUGAUUGGCUGAACCUGCUGCAGACAAAGUUUAGAGACGAGCCUGGCUGCUGUGUGGCUGUGCACUGUGUUGCUGGACUAGGACGAGCUCCUGUGUUGGUGGCCCUGGCUUUAAUUGAGUGUGGGAUGGAGUAUGAGGAUGCAGUGCACUUCAUCAGACUGAAACGUCGUGGAGCAUUCAAUUCCAAGCAGCUGCUUUACCUUGAAAACUACAAACCUAAACUGUGUCUGCGCUCCAAAGAUGCCAACGGACAGAGCUGCUGUAUACAGUAGGAAUCUACAACCUCACACAUCCUCACUGCAACUUGAUAGGAGACUUUCAUCUUUUGAUGUUAAAUGGAAAGUUGACGUGUUCAGGUACUUUUUUGAAAAAAUAACAUUAACCAGUGAAAUCUACUCAAAGCACUUAAUGUAAUUCCAGAAAUAGAAAUAGAAAAAUUCAAGGACCUCAAUGCAAAGUUUGGCAAAUGUUUGAAAAGGUAUAGUCAGCACAGUCAUGCAACUUCUGAUUUUACAUCAAAAAUGAUCCUGAAUAAGUGAAGAGUUUAAAGUUUUUAUUUCUUUUCCUUUUUAUUCCUCAUCUUAAUAUGUAGCAAAACUACACAAACUCUUUGCACAUCACAGGGAAACCCCAAAUUCAAGCUUGUCUGGCUUUAAAAAUUAAAAACAUUUAUCACAAAGGUCACUCUAUGAGUUCAUAGCCACAACAAAAGCUGCUGAUGUUAACAGACUUAAUCUGAUUUAAAAUUUUGAGGUUGGGAUGAAGCAUUAUUUAAAAAAAAAAAAAAAAAAAAGCUUGAUAUUUGUUCUAAGCAGCAACACUACAAAUGCUGAAUAAAUGGCUGGCAGUAUGUGCUCUCAGAGGCUUGCUGGUUUAUUGCACAUCAAUCCACGCAGUGGUCCAGGCUGAUUUAUUUAUCCCAAUCUUUGCUCACUGACCAAAUCAAUGUCCUGCAACCAGAAUGUCAUGCAGAUGAUAAAGAGCUCAGACAAGUUAGAAACCGUUAAGAGGUUUGCUUAAGAAGAUUAAAAGAUUAAAAAAAAAUGUUUCCUCAGUUUGAUGCAAAUGUGAGAUAUGUUGUAUUAAACAACACUACAAUCUACCUACUUAUUGUAUGUCCCAAGUCAGUCAUAGGCUCACAGUCUGCUUCUCUGGAACAAACUCACGUUGGCUGUAAAUGUUUGACACUGUCAUUCAUAAUGUUGCCAAGGCAACAGGGCCAACAUGUUAAAGAUCCGUUGGUGAAUGUAUUCAUAAAGGAACACUUAAAGGUUUUGGUAGAUUAUCAGCUUUUAGGUGUUGAAAACACAAACUAAAUCUAUUGAUGUGUCCUUAGUAAUAGGCUGCAGUGUUUGAUGUUUCCAGUUCAGUACACAGAGUGUUGAGUGGUGAUACUCGACGUAGUGUAGAGUUGAGUGGUCGCACGCACUUUGUGAUGUUGGUCUUCCUGCUAGGUUAUAUUGAGCGAUGAUCUGCAUGGAAACAGUCCAGAACUCGCUGUUGAAUGACAGGAAGCUCCAUGCAAACACAUGAGCUCAUACUGUGUAAAAACAUAAAGUAGGAGGAAUGAGCUUUAAGCAACACAUACAUUAGGAUGAUUUUUUAUGAACCAGGUGUCCUCACUGAACAGCUAACUUAAUUUACUAGGACAAUCUUCCAAAUACUUUCAGUAUUCCUAAUUCAGCAACCAUGGAACAGGACUGUAGAGCCAACAUGGCUGCCACUGAACACUUCAUAGCCGUUGUCCAUCUCUGACUCUGUACCAACCUAGCUGUCUGGUCAGCUGCUGUGUUCGUAAGAUGCUGUUGGUCUUUGUGAUGUUAUUAUUUUUCUAUAGGUUUUAUUUUCUUUCCCUUGUACCUUUGAUCUAUUUGUACUUGUUAUUUAUUUAUUGAUUCCACCGUGUUUCUUUGUGAAAUGUCCAUCUGCUGGGAGGAAAAAAAAAAAUCUAUUAGUCCUCUUGGAAAAUUAAAGUGUUUAGUACUGUAACUUUUGCUUGCUGGACCUAUUUUGAAAAUCAUCCAGUUUUAUGUGUGUGUCCGUGUUGUGAGUUUUCAGGUAACAAGGAGUUGCCAAAUUUCACACUUUCAUUUCCUAGCAUUUGGAGUGGAUCUAAUUCCCCAGAAUAAUUUCAGUUCUAGGUAGAAUAUGUGAUCAACCUGCUUCAUCAGCAAUGCAAACCUGUGACCUUUAAAUCAGCAGGACCCGUGUUACAUAUUCCACAGUACGUUUAAAAAUAUAUUUGUAAAUUCGGCUUUACAAACUGCAGAUCUGCUUUUACAACAGUUCCAGGUCACAGCGAUUGGACCGUAUGUAGGGCUGUAGCUCUAACCUGGCAGCUGCCCAACGUGAGGCUGAGCCUGACCCUGACUGCAGUGGAGCGUGUGUGAGAGAGACAGUGAGUGAUUGCCUCUGGCUGUGGCAGUGCUGUGUGACUGUGGCUGUCAGAGUGGAGUCACAGCAUCACAUGGAGCCAAUGGAUAAUCCAAGGUUGAUUGGUUUUAUUGACUGACCUCUCACCAAACACACACACGCAAACUAACCUUGAACAAAAGAGCCACAGUGAGUAAAUACAAUAACUGUCCCCAAACUAGGUUUAAGACCCAAUUUUUUUAAACACAUCUCAGGAAAAGCUCUUGAGCUGCAGCUAUUAGCAGAUUAAUCGAUUUGUCAGUCGCCAGACAGAACAGGUGUAUAUAUACAGUGAUGAAGUUGUGAAUAUAAAUUGAGAACAAAUAACUUAUGGUCAUUUGUCCAAAGUAAACAAUCACCAGUAU